AUGAAGUUAGCAUACUCCCUCUUGCUUCCAUUGGCAGGAGUCAGUGCUUCAGUUAUCAAUUACAAGAGAGAUGGUGACAGCAAGGCCAUCACUAACACCACUUUCAGUUUGAACAGACCUUCUGUGCAUUUCACUCCAUCCCAUGGUUGGAUGAACGAUCCAAAUGGUUUGUGGUACGAUGCCAAGGAAGAAGACUGGCAUUUGUACUACCAGUACAACCCAGCAGCCACGAUCUGGGGUACUCCAUUGUACUGGGGUCACGCUGUUUCCAAGGAUUUGACUUCUUGGACAGAUUACGGUGCUUCCUUGGGCCCAGGUUCCGACGACGCUGGUGCGUUCAGUGGUAGUAUGGUUAUCGAUUAUAACAAUACUUCUGGUUUCUUCAACAGCUCUGUGGACCCAAGACAAAGAGCAGUUGCAGUCUGGACUUUGUCUAAGGGCCCAAGCCAAGCCCAGCACAUCAGUUACUCGUUGGACGGUGGUUACACCUUCCAACACUAUUCCGACAACGCCGUGUUGGACAUCAACAGCUCCAACUUCAGAGACCCUAAGGUGUUCUGGCACGAGGGCGAGAACGGCGAAGAUGGUCGUUGGAUCAUGGCCGUUGCUGAAUCGCAAGUGUUCUCUGUGUUGUUCUACUCUUCUCCAAACUUGAAAAACUGGACCUUGGAAUCCAACUUCACCCACCACGGCUGGACUGGUACCCAAUACGAAUGCCCAGGUCUAGUUAAGGUUCCAUACGACAGUGUUGCUGACUCUUCUUCGAACUCCUCCGACUCCAAGCCAGACUCCGCAUGGGUCUUGUUUGUCUCCAUCAACCCUGGUGGUCCAUUGGGUGGUUCCGUUACCCAAUACUUUGUUGGUGACUUCAACGGUACUCACUUCACUCCAAUCGACGAUCAAACCAGAUUCCUAGACAUGGGUAAGGACUACUACGCACUACAAACUUUCUUCAACACUCCAAACGAGAAGGACGUCUACGGUAUCGCAUGGGCUUCUAACUGGCAAUACGCCCAACAAGCCCCAACUGACCCAUGGCGUUCAUCUAUGAGUUUGGUUAGACAAUUCACAUUGAAAGACUUCAGCACAAACCCUAACUCCGCCGAUGUCGUCUUGAACAGUCAACCAGUCUUGAACUAUGAUGCUUUGAGAAAGAACGGUACCACUUACAGCAUCACAAACUACACCGUCACCUCCGAAAACGGCAAGAAGAUCAAGCUAGACAACCCAUCCGGUUCUCUUGAAUUCCAUCUUGAAUACGUGUUUAACGGCUCCCCAGAUAUCAAGAGCAACGUGUUCGCUGAUCUUUCCUUGUACUUCAAGGGUAACAACGACGACAACGAAUACUUGAGAUUGGGUUACGAAACCAACGGUGGUGCCUUCUUCUUGGACCGUGGCCACACCAAGAUUCCUUUCGUGAAGGAGAACUUGUUCUUCAACCACCAAUUGGCAGUUACCAACCCAGUUUCCAACUACACCACAAACGUCUUCGACGUUUACGGUGUCAUUGACAAGAACAUCAUCGAAUUGUACUUCGACAACGGUAACGUCGUCUCCACCAACACUUUCUUCUUCUCUACCAACAACGUCAUUGGUGAAAUUGACAUCAAGUCACCAUACGACAAGGCUUACACCAUUAACUCAUUUAACGUUACCCAAUUUAACGUUUGA